AUGGACAGCUGUCAGUUUUCUUCGUACUUUGGACUUGUUCAAGGAGGAGAUGACGAUAAUCAGCGAGUCGAGCUACCUGCAUUACCCCACAUACCUCAGCCGAAAACCCCAAAGGAGCCAAUGGAGUUCUUGUCGAGAUCUUGGACACUCAAUGCCGACCAAAUAUCAGAAGCUCUUGCCACGAAGAACACACGACCUGCUGCAUGUCAGCAAACCAAGAAUCCCGAAAACUUUCCUCUACCGCAAAAUAUAUCCGGGACAAUAACGAAAACAUCGAGCAGUGGGGCCACGGCUAUGGGGAGAUUUUUCAAUCACAAAGAAGGAAAUACUAUGAGGAAAAAAGACAAAGCUCGGCUGGAGAGUGCACACACGCAUGCUCUCGUCUCGGUUGCUGGCCUUGCAGCUGCAUUGGCUUCUUUGUUUGCCUCAGCCGAUAAAUCCAAGUCCUCGAGCCCAGAAAUGAGAACUGCAUUGGCAUCAGCAACAAAGCUCUUGGCCUCUUACUGUAUCGAGCUGGCCGAAUCGGGUGGGGCCCACCGGGAGCACGUAACCUCGGUCGUGAGGUCCGCAGUGCAAGUACACACAGAAAGUCAUCUAUUGACUUUAACAGCUGCAGCAGCAACUGCUUUGAGAGGAGAAGCUGCUCUGAAAGCAAGAUUACCAAAGGAAGCAAAGAGGAGUGGUGCAGCCGUGAGUCCGUACGAUAAGGUCUUAGCAAAUUCUCCUUCUCAAGCGACUUUUCAAAGUGAAAUCGAGAAAGAGGACCUUCCCUGUGUGGGUGACUUAUUACAACUCACUCAAAAAGGUGUGCUACAAUGGAGAAAUGUUUCUGUCUAUAUCAACAAGGCAUGCGAGGUUACGAUCAAGUUGAAGAGUAGACACAUUGGUGUAGCCUUUUACAGAAAGAACAAAUGCAUUGUUUAUGAAGUCAUUGACGAGAGUGAUGAAUGGCCAUUCAAAAAAGGAAGGGAAUAUGUGGAAGUGAACUUCGGAGUGAAAACAUCUCAGGGACUGUUGGAGUUCAAGUGCAGGAACAAAGUCCAUAAGCAGAAAUGGGUGUGUGCAAUCCGGAAACUUCUCGAGCGGAGCACAAAGUUCGAAGAGGCUAAGGACGCCCUAAGAAAGUUAAAUAUCAAUAAGAGCAUCUAA